AUGGCUACCCCCAUACCUGAAAUGGAUGAUCUACAGCUACAGGAGAAAGAAGAGCCCUGGAAUUCUCGGGCAGAACUAGGCUCGGGAUGGCCAAAGGAGAGUUACCAACAUAACAAUGAUGCGGCACAAGCCGAAGACGACAGAGAGGCAGCUCUGCGGUCAGAGUUGAAAUCAGUACGGGAUAUUAAUGCUGUAAUUCAAGGAGUUGUUGAGAGUCUGGAACGCGCAAAGGGGAAUAUGGAGAGCGUUUCCCGGACAGUAUCCUCUGCAUCCACAUUGCUUGAUACCUGGACUCGAAUCCUUUCUCAGACGGAACAUAACAGACGACUCGUCCUGGAUCCCUCAUGGCACGGUGCUACCCAGGAUAUGGCAGAUAUGGAAACUGAAGCUCGUGAGAGACAGCAGGAGGCAGAACGAAGAGAGCUAGAGUUACAACAACGCAAGCUUGAGCAGGAACGGAAGGCUGAGGAAGAGCAACGGAAGAGGGCUGCACAGACAUCUUCUGCUAACAGGGGAAGACGAGGGAUCGUAAGGCCGUCGACACGGGCUGAACACAGGCUGGACAGACAACCACGCGAGUUCCAACGAGCUCUAGGGGAAUACCUACUGCUAGAAGAGCUGGUACUGACACCGGGAGGAGCUCAGGGAUUGCAAGAGGUCGGGGGAGGUACAUCACGCCAAGCCCGCUUGGGUCUUGAGCUCUUCUGCAUGCUUAAAUUAUCAGUUGACCCGAAGUGA